GGCGGUUUAUGAGCAUCCCUGUUUUUUUUUCUUUUUUUUUUUUUUUUUUCUUUUACUGGGUGCUUUGACAGCGCCGAGUCCCUCGCGCUCAUUCCUACUACGGAGUCGCGUGGGGAGCGGCGCGAGCGCUCGGACUCACCCUCGCGCCCUUCCAGCCGCAGCUGAGCGGCAAAAAGUCGCAGCGCCGCCACACACUUCUCGUCAGUCGUUCAAAUACGUAAAAGAAGCGUUUUCUGAUUCCGACACGCUUGUUUUUGCUCUCUUUGCUUUUUGUUUCUUUCCUUGCUUGCUGUUGUGUUUUCCUCGGACCCCGAGUCAGUCGUGCUCAGUGGAAUGAGCGGUUUCCACGCCCGCGUCGUUUCCACUCCAGCAUGGGAACUGCCGUGUCCAAGAGGAAGACUCUGAGGAACGAUGCGAUAUCCUCGGUGGCCGCAAAAGUUCGAGCAGCCAGAGCAUUUGGGGAGUAUCUGUCCCACAGUAACCCUGAGAACCGCAACGGAUCAGACCACCUGCUGUCCGACACCUUCAUCGGCCAAGACUCGGAGUCUCCAGACGCCCGCCCGCAGCCCCAGCCCUCGCCAGCGGAGCAGCCUGGAUCAGAACAGCCCCAGCCCAGCAACCCACAGCUGCACCCAUCGUCCAGGCACUCUUUGUCACUCGAGCACAGUUUCUCCAUAGAGGAGCCAGAGUCUAAGCCAGAGGAGGGUGCUCUUCAGUCACCAAAGGUCUACACCAUCACCGGGGAGGGGGGCAUGCUCGGUGACCGAGCCAGCCAGGAGAGCCUGGAGCUAGAGGUGCUGAAGGUCAGUCAGGAGCCCCCGGUAGCCCAGCUUCCAGUGCCUUCCAAGCCCAGCCUCCAAGUGCAGGAGCCACGUGUGCACCACCACCAUGCCGGCCACCACCGCGGGCGCCAUCACCGCACAGGCCAGCCCUCACAGCCUCUGCAGAGCUCUGGUAGUGCCCACAACAUCCGUGACUGGGGCGUCCGGAGAGGGGGCUCCAGGGAUGACUGUAGCCCGGACUGCGAGGCCUGCCGGGGACCUCCAUCUCACAGCCAUCGGUCCCUAGACUUGGAGACCUGUCCCCGGGAAACAAGCAAGGCACGUAAAAAGCUGGAAAGAAUGUACAGUGAAGACCGGAUGUCUGGGGAGGACAGAGAAGACAUCAGCAGCUGGUUCCCGAAAGAGAACAUGUUCAGCUUCCAGACAGCCACCACGACUAUGCAGGCGGCAUUCCGGGGUAUUGCUGACAAAAAGAGGAGGAAAAGAGAGCAAGAGGCGACCGCCACUAUUGAGAGAAACUUCCGGAAACAUCUGAGAAUGGUGGGGAGCAGAAGAAUGAAAGCUCAGACGUUCGCCGACCGCAGAGCGAAGAGUUUCAGCCGCUCCUGGAGUGACCCCACCCCCGUAAAGCCUGAAUCCCUGCACGACUCCAGAGACAGUGGGGAUCUUCAGGCCUCCUCGGGGGCCCUCAAUGAGGAGGUGUGUGAGGACCUGGACUGGGAGGAGGAGCGCGAGGCGGAGAAAUUGGCGUGCCAGGGCGAUGACUUCAUCCCCCCAAAAAUAAUGCUCAUCUCCUCCAAGGUGCCGAAGGCAGAGUACGUGCCCACCAUCAUCCGCAGGGACGACCCCUCCAUCAUCCCCAUCCUCUACGAUCACGAGCACGCCACCUUCGAUGACAUAAUUGAAGAGAUCGAGAAGAAACUGACGGCCUACAGGCGCGGCUGUAAGAUCUGGAGGAUGCUCAUUUUCUGUCAGGGAGGCCCAGGGCACCUGUACCUGUUGAAGAACAAGGUGGCCACUUUUGCCAAAGUGGAGAAGGAGGAAGACAUGAUCAACUUCUGGAAGCGACUGAGCCGGCUCAUGAGCAAGCUGAACCCCGAGCCCAACCUCAUUCACAUCAUGGGCUGCUAUGUGCUGGGAAACGCCAACGGAGAGAAGCUGUUCCAAAACCUGAAGAAUCUGAUGAAGCCUUACUCUAUUGAAUUCAAGUCUCCGUUGGAGCUGUCGGCACAGGGUAAAGAGAUGAUCGAGAUGUACUUUGACUUCCGCCUCUUCCGUCUAUGGAAGGCCCGGCAACACUCCAAAUUGCUUGAUUAUGAUGAUCUCUUGUGACCUCUAGGCUGUCUUUAAAACCGGCACAUUUGGCUGGAUGUGGCACUUCUAGAGCCUCCAGUAAUGGUUUUCACCAUGGAAACCGAAGCGGAGAUGUUGAAGUGGAGGGGGUCGCCGUGGCAGUGUGUACGUUCCACCCUCCUUUUAAGAAAAACAAAAAACAGUCCUCCAGUGACCUGUCAAUUUUUCUGUGGCGGGAGGAUGUGGAGAAGGAGCUGAAGAGAACUCGGCCAGGUCAAGAGGCCAGCCUUCAGAAGAGAGGAGCGAAGAGACGGCAGCAGGAAGACCAUGCGAGAUGCGAACCUCCUUUUGGUAGAGCCAGUAUCUCAGUUUCUUCUACAGUGACUAAGGAACCCAACAGUCAGUUGUCUUAAGCCCUCUGCAAUGGGUCCACAAACACUGUUUGUAUGAACAUUUUCAAGGAUGAAAAUCAGUUUUAAAAAAAAAAAAAAAUCACACCAUCUAUACAUGCCACAUGAAGACCGUACAUCUAUAGUGGUACAAAUAUUCUGUAUUUAGAUACUAAGAGUUGUAUUUUAAACUUACUGUAUUGGUGUUAGUUCCUGAACUACUUUGAAUAUCUCAGGUUUUUAGUGAUUACUGCCCCCAUCCAUGGUUGUGCUGUGUCAGUUUGAGGUUUGAACUGCUUUGCUCAAGAGAUACUUGAGUCUCUCAAGGAUUUCAAGAGUAACUCAAGGAUAUUCCAAAGUUAUUAAAAAUCACUGAAGUCACUCAGAGCUGGGAUUAUUGGGUCAGAAAUGUGACCAUUUGGGGGCUCUUGUGUGUUUUUAUACCUUUCAUUGAUUAGGGGUCAAGUAGGACUUAAGCAUGUCUAGCAGUGCCAUGCUGGAGCCCAACCACUUUAGUGAGCAUAUGCAAGCUUUUUAUUAGUGUCAGCUCCCUUCCAGCAGUAGAGGAAACCUGCGUUGGUGACCAGAAAAAGAUGUGUUUUUGUAAAGACACGACUGUAAACAGGCAGCUCUGCCCACAUGCUUCAGCUAAUACAGCAGUGGCUCCAAUGCUCCCAGGCUUAAGGAAGCAGAGUUUUUUUUUUUUUCUUUCUUUUUUUUCCAGGCUGCCUUGUAAUGUUGUGCUUGUAGUUUCGGAGGAGGAAGAACCUACUGGGUCAAACAUCGCUGUCUGACUUCUGCAACUGUUUACUUUCACCAUACACAUUGCCUGGGCAUUUGAACGCACUAUAUAAGCCAAGGGCAAAGUAGCACAAAUCAAAAUAAACGCAAGAACUCAGUCCUUAGAGCUCCUUAUCAUUUGGAAAACUGCUCUGUUAACGCUAUCACUGCUCUAUUAGUGCAACAUUAUAAUACAGGUUUUUAAAAUGGGGCCUGGAUCCAAUUCUUUACACGUUGAGCUACUUGAUGCCCUUGUUUUAUUGGCCUGUCAGGCUUGUUUUUUGGGUGUUGUAUAAAUUUCUUCAUAGUCACUAGAUGUUUCAAGCAGAUAUAUGUUGCCCCCUUGAUUGGUUGACCAUUUUGCAGAAGAGUUAGAGCCAACUGCUUUAUGAGAGCCGUACAAGACUUUACAUCCGCUGCCCGUGGCUAAAAAUUCAGGGUGAAAUAUUUAGCAAAAUUAUAUAAGCUUUCCUCUUGAGCUUCAAUUAUAAGGAAAGCCACUGAUUUCUUAAAUUAGUUUUUACUGAAUUAUGUUUGUAUUCUUAAUGGAAUCAUUCAGUUGCCCUGAAAAUUAUCGUUUGGUAAUAUCAAUCCAAUGAAGCAGACAAAUUGAAAGUUGGGUCCUGGCCUAUACAGUGAUACCGCAACCCAGAGAAGGAUCUGUUAAGUG